AUGCCUCGUAUCGAAGUGCUUCCGAACACUGGCUCAGCUCCUGGUCCGGGCUGGGCCUAUAUCGUAGAUACAGGCUUCGAUCCGUCCAAAGUCGCCAUUAAUCCUGCCGGCAAGAGGCGUCGAGUCGCAGCUGGCCGGGACAGCAGUGAAGCCACCGCAGCAGCAGUGCAGAUGCGUCUGACCAAGCGAUUGAACCUACUGGACAGCGAUACAAGCACCAAAGAGGUCAACAUACCUUCUAAGAAGAAAGAGGGCGCAUUCAAAGGCGGAAAUACUGCAAACGUGCGCCGAAUAUUGCAAUCUGGCAAACGAUUCGACAACUAUCUCGCUGAUGAAGAGGCUGAAAUACGCAGCAAUCCUUCUAAGGCUGUAGCAAGGGCUCUAGACGGCUCUAGACGCGUCUCUACAGCUCCACGUACACCAGCGACUGCCUCCCAAAAUCAAACACCCGCGCCAAUGACUGGCAUAUCAAAAGAGUCACCAGAUCCAUUGCUAAAGUAUCCAUUGCUCGAGUCUACCGUACCGCCUGCACCCACGCCCGAAGAGCUUGAGGCUCUAAUCUCCGCACCACCUUUAUCAUAUAACGCAGCCCGUGUUGCGCCGCCUUCAGCACAUGGGCCACCGAUCAGACGUUUCUGUGUAAUGUGUGGCUACUGGGGCCGUAUACGAUGUUUGAAAUGUGGGGAAAGAGUUUGCAGGUUAGAAUGCAAGAGGCAUCAUGACGCGGCUUGCUCACAAUUCGGUUGA